AUGACUCCCCCUAUCGCCGUCGCACCAUCAGCGCGAUCCACGGCACCCUCAGAACAACAUAAAACCUACACCUCAGGAGCUUUUGUAGCUGAAAUAUCUAAAGAAGAUGUGGGGAAGAUAUCAUCAGAGGCUUCAAGCCAAGAGAAGGACCUAGAUCUCGAAGCGCAGCCCGCGAGCGCGCCUGACGAGAAGCAUACCGACCCAGCCAAUGCAGGAGCACCAGACCCGAACGUCGUCGACUUCGACGGCCCGGACGAUCCACAGAAUCCGCGAAACUGGUCAGCGAAGAAGAAGUGGGCAAAUAUUACCGUCAUAUCUUCCAUCACCUUCCUCACACCCCUCGCCUCCUCCAUGUUCGCCCCGGGCAUCCUCGAAGUCAUGACAGAGUUCCAUUCUACUAAUGAGCAGCUGGCCGCUUUCGUCGUCUCAAUCUACGUCCUAGGCUAUGCCGCUGGUCCUGUCGUCCUCGCUCCCUUGUCCGAACUCUAUGGGCGAUUGCCACUCUAUCACUGCUCCAACCUUGGCUUCAUAGUCUUCACUGUAGCUUGCGCCCUAUCAACGAACCUUAAUAUGCUUAUUGGUUUCCGCUUUAUCUCAGGUCUCUUCGGAUCUUGCCCGCUCACAAUCGGCGGAGGCACAAUAGCCGACUUGAUACCACAGGAGAAGAGAGGGGGUGUGAUGGCUAUCUGGGUCCUAGGUCCACUGAUGGGUCCUAUCAUUGGUCCUGUAGCAGGCGGAUACCUCACUGAUGCUGCGGGAUGGCGUUGGACCUUUUGGGUCAUUGCGAUUGCCAACUCCCAGGGCGGCGUUAUCGCCUCAUGCGGCCUCUUCGCCUUACGUGAAACCUACCCCGUCGUCCUUCUCGAGCGUAAAGCCGCCCGUCUUCGCAAAGAAACCGGCAAUCCCAACAUCCGCUCCAAGAUGGCGCUCCCCUACACGCCCGCACAACUCUUCAAGGUCUCCAUUGUACGGCCUAUGAAGCUCCUCCUCUUCUCUCCCAUCGUGCUAGCCUUAUCAACCUACAUUGCGGUCGUCUACGGCUACCUUUACCUCCUCUUCACCACAAUAAACGAAGUCUUCGCUGAGAAGUACCAUUUCUCCCAAGGCAGCGUCGGGCUCACCUACCUUGGCAUUGGCAUGGGAUCGCUCUUCGGAGUGAUCAUCUUUGGUGUUUACUCCGACAAGCUGCUCCAGUACCUCACAAACAGAAGUUCAACUGGAGAGCGAAAGCCAGAAUACCGUCUCCCACCUCUCAUACCUGGCUCCUUUGUUAUUCCCAUCGGCCUCUUCAUCUACGGCUGGACAGCUGACAAAGGCGUGCACUGGAUCGCUCCCAUCAUCGGCACCUCCUUCGUCGGGUUCGGGCUGCUGGCGACUUUCAUGCCGAUUCAGACGUAUCUAGUCGAUGCCUUCACCAUUUAUGCGGCGAGCGCGCUGGCUGCGAAUACCAUUUUUAGGAGCUUGAUUGGAGCAUUACUACCAUUGGCUGGUAGGAACCUCUCAGCUCGAAUACCGUCCGUCCUCGUAAUCAUCGACGCGCAGAACGAGUACGCCAGUGGCAAACUCGCCAUCCACGACGUGCAGGCUUCUCGCAAGAAAAUCGCCGGCUUGUUGGCGAAGUGGCGUCAUGCGAGGGGCGAUGUCGUGCACGUGCUGCACCAAACACCUGAGGGCGCGCCCAUUUUCACCGCGGGGACGGAGUUGGUGGAGGAGUUUGAGGAGUUGAAACCGGAGGAGGAGGAGGGGAGGGAGAUGACGAUCACGAAAGCGGCACCGAGCGCGUUCACGGCGACGGAACUGGAUGCUCAUCUCAAGAAGCUGGGGAAGAAUAAAGUCGUUUUGGUCGGGUAUAUGGCUCAUGUCUGUAUCUCCUCCACGUCCAGAGCGGGGUUUGAGCUCGGUUACGAUAUCUCGAUCGUUCGAGACGGUGUUGGUGAUAGGGAUAUUCCGGGCGCUGAGGCGACUCAGCUUGUGCAGACUGUAUUGGCUGAUUUGUUUGUAACACGCCUCCCAAAACAAACAGAAACUUACAAACCUCCAGACCCCUACUUUAAUGAAUGCACUUCAGAGCAGAGGGGAAUCCUCCGCAGGGCCCUGAACGAGAUGGACAGAGGCGUGAAUCGCGCCGGAGUCGCCCUCGACACAGAACUCUUCACCCUCAUGAACAACCACCGCGGCGCCCACGCCUUUUUCGACCAAGGACUGCGCAACCUCGUCGAGCGCAAUCUCCUCCCCUACACAACCCCGCCCCGAAAACCCAUCUUCUACUGCGUCAGCGAGGAGAAACCUCUUCCCCAAAUACUCUCCCCCGGAGAUAUAGAGAAGUGUCUAGACGGCAAGGCCGCGGGCGUCUUUCACGCCGAAACGGGCAGAGUCUUCGUCUGCCCCAGCUUCUACGAUUUCCCGCUCGCCCCGCCGACCGAUCCGUGCCCGACAGUCGUGGAUAAUAAGUUUGAGGAAACGGGGUACUUUGAGCAGGCGCAGGGUUUUAUUCUCUUAUGGGGACUGCUGCCGAUGUAUUUUGAUGGGGUGGGCUAUACGGAGGAGGGGAUACAGUAUAAGACGCUGAAUAAGGAUGUUGAGGGAAGAAAUCGAGUGUCGAGUAAUGCAAUUGUGGGGUACAUGUUGUUGGCGAUGAAUCAGUGCAUGAGUAUUCCGGAUGUCACGAAACCUCCGUGGACUAAUGCUGUAAAUGCUGGGGGCGAUAACAAUACUGAUGUUGGCGACGCUUUCACGAGCGUACUGACUCAGGCGACAAACUCUACGAAUGGAGUGACCGGCGUGUUGUCUAUUCCAAAGCCAGCGCAAUCCGCUGUGGAGAGCGUGGUUGCUCUACCAUCUGUUGCGACUUCGUAA